AUGGAGCAUCUGCUGAACGAUAUUCUACGGAAUCCCAGGGGACCUUCCAUAGGCUACAUAGAAGAAAGAUUGGAUGGAGUUGCUGGACAGCGUGAGUUUAUGGAGCUCCUGAAGAGUGGGAAUGGAAUUGCAUUUACUUAUAUGAAAACAAGGUGCAAGGAAUGGAUCGAAAAUCCAAAACGGAUUAAGAUGAUACACGAGGGUCAUGACAUCCUAUUUUCACUAAUAUUUGGAUCCUCAGAGCAAAACUUUGGGAUCCUUUGCUUUUUCUUUGAGACCCUGUAUUUCCACGGUGCAACCUGGGAUGGGCUAGUCGAGGAUCUAUGUGCAAAUCCAAAUGAGAGAAGUGUGAAAGUUCUGAAUCACAUGUUCAAUAAGUACAGAAUUUGUUCGAGGAGUGAUGCAUUGUACGGUGAAAUAAUUAAGAACAUAGAGUUGUGCCAGGACAUAUUCAAGAAAGCAUAUUUUGAAUCUCUCUCAGAGGACGAGAAUAUCCUUGGGAUGUUUCACUCCUUGGUGUUUCAAGAUAUCCAUCCCUUUUUUGAGAACAAUGCAGAUAAGUUCAUAGGAUCUUUUUGUAAGCUAUUGCGUAAGAAUGUACUUCAGAAGGAUAUAUGCGAGGUCUUCAACCUCUUUGUGACGAAAUAUCCUGAGUGUGUCGAUAUGACUAGAAUUCUAGGAGUUGUUUUAACAACCAUAACAGGGUUUGAUUAUUUGAAAUAUAGUGUUCUACUCAACAUUGUGAAAAGGAAGAGUUAUCCUGUCCUUUCUAAAUUCUCAGCUGCACUCUCAAAUGCGGUGAAGCUUGGUGCAUAUGUGUCUGAGAAUGAGGUUGGGGAGAUGAACGAGGAUGUACUGCUAUACUCAAGAAAUCUUCUGAAAGGUUAUGACGUGAAUAGAGGAAUAAUUAUUGAGAUGAUUGGGCAUCUGAGGAGAGUCUUUGGAGAUGGUUGGGAAAGCACAGUUAUUGACGGCGAAAUUGCAACACCGAUGGAUGAGGAAAGGCUGAUAUUUCUAUGUAUGGCUUUAAAGAUGAGGCUAAAAGAGGCUGUUGAUAGAUGUACUGAUAUAAUUCGGAACAGCAAGUCCGUGGGGUAUCUGAGUGUUGUCUCCUUUCGAUAUCUAUUAUCUAUUGAUAGCCAUGCUAUUAUUGACCCCGAGUACAUUAGCAGAAUAAGCCCAGCAUCGUUUCUUGCAAUGGCAUACUUGAGUAGAUGUAUUGACGGGUGUGAAUCUUUAGCAUCUCUUGAGUCGUACUCGGUAAAGUAUACAGAAGGCAAUCCAAUAGCAUGCGAAAGGAUAGGUGGGGUUGAAUGCUGCACAAAAAUCAUGGGCCAGGUAAUGGUAUUUCUUGAAGGUAAUAUCGAAGACGAGUUUUCCUCACAGCUGAUUCAAAGAAUGAUUAGGAUCUGUCCUUCCUUGGUGAACCCUGGAGCUGUGAGGUUUAUCGAUGAUUUUGUAUGGAAGAAUAUUAGAAACAUCAAUUCACCUCAGGCUUAUGGAUAUCUGCUUGACGUUCAGGGACUCAUCUUUUUAAAAACAGGAGACAAUGCCUGGAUCUUGAAUCUAGUGCAGACUGUACUUAGUGAGGAGAUAUUUGAGAUAUACUCCUCCUCACUGUUUCUUCUUGCUAUUGUUGUUCUGCAUUCAUCUGGAGACUUCUCAUCUGUCGUAGAGAUAAUAAAACAGGAAAGCCUGUGGAAGACUAAAGAACUCUUACCAAGCAUGGUGUGCCUUACCAUAUCUCUUUUUAAGGCAGGGUACUGCACUAAAGAACAGGUGGAUUACAUUGUUGAGUAUUUAUCAGGGUUUAGCAUACACCAUGGUUAUGUUCUUCUUAGUAAUGUUGCUGUUUCAGGAGACUACACGAAAUGGAUUAAGGGAGGAAAUGUGGAAGAAGAGUUUGUUCUUGCCACUGCCUUAAAGAAGAGAGGAUUGACUAGCACCGAGAUGUACAGGGAGAUAUAUUCUAAGAGCCUUCAAUACUUCAAGGAAAGUUUUAUAUCAAAGAGAAACACCCGACGAGUUCUUCGAGGAUUGAAGUAUGGAGUGGAAUGUUUUGGAGGAAAUGAGGCCUACGAAGUAAUGGAAAGAAACAAGCAUAGCAUUGGAUACGAAAACAUCCCAUUCAGUGUGGCAGUGGCUUUUGAACUUUAG